AUGUGUGGGCGAUACGCUCUCGAGUUGACAACUGAGCAAGUCGUCACAGCGCUAGAGAGUAAUGGCUUGAGGAUUGAUAAUGUUUAUGAUGCAGAGCGCGGACUGGAGAGCCUCAAUAUUGCCCCCACUUCGUACGAGCCAGUAUACUACAAGGAGAACGACGAGCACAAUUUGCGAUACAUGCAUUGGGGCCUUGUACCAUCAUUUGCCCACGAGGUGUUCAAAUUCCCCACUCAUAAUUGCAAAUCCGAUAGCCUUGCACACCUAAAACCCAUGUGGAGAUCCGCAAAGACCCGGAGGGCUGCGGUGCCAAUGCAAGGCUACUAUGAAUGGCAUAGCGAAGGCAAGAAGAAGCUUCCAUACUAUUUCAAGGACAAAGACGCUGAAUUAUUGUGUGUUUUGGGUAUUUGGGAUCGUAACGAGCAUGUUGAAGAUAGCCUAUACUCGUUUUCGAUCGUCACCACCGACGCUGGCUCGUCUAUCGAACACGUCCAUCAUCGUAUGCCGUGCAUAGUGAGAUUCGAAGAUGCAAUUGAGUGGAUUGACGGGAACUGGCCCAAAGUUCUCGAUCUAAUAAUGUCCAAAGAUGACUUGGAGUUCUACAGGGUCUCAACUGCUGUGAACAAAAUUGGUAGUAAGGGCCAGUUGAAUGAGCCACUCAAGGAGGAAGAAGUGGCCCAGGUGGGUGAUAAGCGACAGUCCACUAUGGAUUCCUUUUUCUCACCAAAAAGAAUCAAAAAGGAGUAG